GGGCUGCGAAGGACGAGUUCAGUUGUUGCACUGCUGCAGGAUCUUGCUACGACUGGCACUGCUGAGCAGGGAUCAUUAUCUGCGGAGUGACCCCAGAAUGCGUACCCCCGCGCCCAUGAUCGCUGGGAUAGUCUGCACUCCAGUCGGGAUGAUAUUCGUGUUCACGGCGGUAAUCACCCCGCAGUGGAGGGAGGGACACAUCCAGCUGGGCAAGAGCUCCUCAAUUAAACACGACGGCCUUUGGGAGUCGUGCAUACUGGUAGUGGCAUCGGAUUUCAAGCACUGCUGGCCCGUGUCCGGGGCGUACCAGCAGGACCCCAGCGUCCUAGGGGCACGUGGUCUCAUACUGAGCUCACUCUCCCUCUGCGGGGUUGGGAUGGUGCUGGCCAGCAUCGGGAUCCGCUGCUGGAUGGACUUCCCCCUCCGCAACGUGGCAGGAGCCAGCGGGAUCAUCAUUGUUCUCUCCGGCUGCCUGAGCCUCACCGCCCUGGGGCUCUACAUCAGCAAAAUGCAGGUGCUCGGGGCAGACUUGGACACACGCUACAGAGGCGGGAGCUCCCUGUAUUUUGGCUGGAUUGGUAGUAGCAUUGAAAUCCUGGGUGGGAUGGCACUCUCGCUCAGCUUCAGUCGUCCAAAAUGUAAUAUAUGCAUAGGAUCCCGGAACAAAGACAAGAACAGCUACGAAGUCAAUUCUUAGAUGAGCUUUAUAAGGUUUCAGUCCUGUAUUCAUGGCACUGGAGACUGGAGAAGACUGGAGAAGGGGGAGUGUACUGUAGUUUUGUCUCAAUGCCCGUCGAAUCCUUGGUUUCUCCUAAGUUGUAGUUUGUGUAAAGCAGAAGCAGGCAAGACAUUCAGAACUCCUAUCUUGGAAGAGGUCAGUCACUCAUUGCAGUAGAUUAUUUCUCUUUAUUUGGAAUUUUUCAAGCAAUGAAAAACAAAAAUGAACAAAAGGUCAAGGGUGUUUAGUUCCGGUGUAUAGUGCUUACAUGACUGCCUCCUUUACUUCACAGCUGUGAAAGCAGUAAUAGUGUUCUUAGCUAUUUAAAAGGCAUUUAUGUGAUGUUUCAAUGGCCUUCAGGAAAACAGGGACACGAAAGUUAUCUGCUCAGGUGAAUUUCUCAUUAUUGAAGUACAAACUAGCCUAGUAAAUGCCUGUUGUAUUGUAUGAGAUUUGUCAUAUACUGAAAGAAUACUGAAGUUGUUUACAGGUGUCUCUUAUAUCAACCAUGUUGCACAAUACUUAAGUGCUAAAUAAAAUUAGAUAUAAAUGUGAUGGCUCUUGCAGUUUGACUGAGUCAAACACUGAUUCUAAUGGAUGUCUGUGCUGGUCUUUAAAAAAUCUGCCAAUUGUCAACACCCUGUGUUGGUUAUCUGAGUCACUACAAUCCACAGAGCUCCUGAUGGGAUGCGAAUAGGCUGCUGUACCCCUGGUGGUUUGAUUAAUCAAUAAACAUACUGUGACAAAAAACACAAUAACUUUAUUACUAUAAACAACCUGAAGCUCUAAUGAAGCCAUCACAACGGGCACGACAUGAGUUUAAACACUGUAAUCGUUUUAUUAAUCACACAAAUUAUCCACACGCCUUCCUCUCCCUCACCCACUGACGAUGGUGCUGCACGUCAUACCAAAUGGGCUUAUUUCCAAGCCCGUUCUCUUUGAGCUCGGCACUCUGACUGAGGGACACCACGCUUGAUAGGCCAGCACAAACUGUAUGUGGACAACAGG